CAAAACCAUCAAAUUUGCCUAUAUCAAGCAAAUCAGCAGCAGCCAUGAGCAGGAACAUUGCAUAGCAACAGUUUCAUUUUGUGAAUCCUAAUCUCCCACACCACACACAUGGCAAUUAACAUAGAUACUCUGCCAUAUGAUUGUGUUUCAAAAAUUCUAUCUUACACAUCUCCAAUAGAUGCAUGUAGUUUCUCAAUGGUUUCUUCAACUCUGUAUUCAGCUGCUAACUCUGACUCUCUCUGGAGAACCUUCUUACCCUCUGAUUAUGAUGAUAUCCUCUCAAGAACUGUCAACCCCUCCAUUCUCCAAUCUUGUUCUUCAUAUAAACAUCUUUUCUACUCUCUCUGCCAACGUCCCCUGCUCUUAGACGGCGGACGCAUAAGCUUUAAAUUGGAUAAGUGUUCGGGUAAGAAAUCAUAUAUUCUACCAGCAAGAGAAUUGUCAAUAACAUGGAGCAAUGAUCCAAUGUAUUGGAGCUGGAGACCAACGCCUGAAUCAAGAUUCUCAGAGGUGGCUGAGCUAAGAACAGUGAGCUGGUUAGAAAUUAAAGGCAAAAUAAGAACUAAAAUUCUAACACCAAACACGUCAUACGUUGUUUAUCUCAUCACAAAGGUUUCUCAUCGUGUAUAUGGACUUGAUUCUGCACCAGCUGAGGUAUCAAUUUCAAUAGCCAACAAAGUACAAAAUGGUAAGGCAUAUUUGUACAAUAAAUAUGAGGAUACCUUAUUUUAUGAGAACCAAUGGAAAAUUGAAGGAAAAAAUUUGAUGAUUGAAGAUAAUAAUGAAAAUGGAAUUCAAGUUCCUUCCAAAAGAGAUGAUGGGUGGAUGGAAAUUGAAUUGGGUGAAUUUUUUUGUAGUGAAGUUGAUGAGGAGGUUGAGAUGAGUGUUAUGGAGGUUGGUUAUAGAUUGAAGGGUGGUCUUGUUGUCGAAGGGAUUGAAGUUAGACCUAAAUAAAUAAACAUGUUUGACUAAACUAGAAGGAGGUUUAGAAACCACUUGUUAGUUGGUACAACGGUGAUCAACGUUGGACUUAGUGGGAAGAUCGCAGUUCGAUUCCCAACAACUGCGAUCAGGAGGAGACCGAAAUCAUUUGAUUCUAGAAUUGACUUCAAAUCAGAUUAGGCGGUCCAAUGAGAGCUGGAAGGUGGUGAAGAAAGAAAAAGAAAAAAGAAGCAGGUUUAUAGGUUAAGGCGGUUUUUUUUAAUGCCAAAUAUUUUUGUGAAUAAGAAUGUAUAAUUAUAUCCUUUUAAAAAAAUAGUGUAUAAAUAUAAAUAUUGAAUUUUAUGUGAAAUUGUAUAUUUUAAAUUGUAAUUA